ACAAACUUACAAAAUUGUACUUGAAAAGAAAAAAAUCCUCUCCAAGUUCUCAAUUUCUUUUUGAAAAUUUCCUUUUAAAAGAAAUGGCAGAUAACUCCCAGAAGAUGAGCCAUCAGAUUGGAGAAGCCAAGGGUCAAGCACAGGAGAAAGCGAGCAAUUUGAUGGACAAGGCAGGUGAUGCAACUCAAUCAGCUAAAGAGUCAGUGCAAGAAGCAGGACAACAGAUGAGGGCCAAAGCAGAAGAUGCAGCUGAUGCCGUCAAGGAUGCCACCGGAAUGAACAAAUGAAGCCUCUACGAUACAUAAAUAUGAUAGCUUUAUAAAAUAAAUGCUAUCGUAGACCUUUUAUAGCGUUCUUACAAUUUUCCGUUUCUCCAUUUUUAUGCUCUGCAAUGCUUCCUUUUAGUUUUUCCUUGGGCUAUGUUAUGGCUAUUUCUUGUGUCCUCCUCUCAAUAAGAGAAUAAGAGAUAUUUGAUAAGAAUGGUACAAACUUAUGCUGUCAA